GGGUAAGAGGAGAAUGCUUACAAAAAAGAGAGGCAGAGAAUGCCAAACGGGAAAGCGAAGAGCUGAUGGGUCGCUUUUUCAAUCAGUGCGGAGUCGCUUUACCAAUUCCAGCCCCGACCAACCAAACACUCAUUUUUGUCGAUCAAGUUUCUGUGGAUUAAAAGCUUUUUCUAAUCAUCGAUCCCUUUCUGUUUAAUUAUUUUCCAUCUUCGCAUUUUCGGGGUUUGGAAUUCUUCUUCGGACGGUGUCGGUUUUCCAUUUCCUGCAAUAUGGCAAGAGUGUAAGUAACCAGAAUGCAGCUAGCGAGAUAGAAAUGGGUGUGCACCUUUGCAUGCCCAGAGGAGGAGACCAUAAUGUUUGCUGAGAAUGUGAGUGGGGAGGGAUCACUUCGUCAGGAUUUUGAGGCUCUGAGUGUGUCGAAACGGCUUGUGAGGAGUGUUAGCCAGAAGUUGAGGAAAAAAAACCAUAGAGGCGAAGGGGAGGAAGAGGAUAAGGUGAGAGGGAUUUCAUUGAAAUGUCUUACUCUAUACGGUAGAGGUGGUGGUUGCAAAGUAGGUGCUGACACGGGUGAGGAAUUUGGUGAUCCAAGUAGUAGGAGAAGGUCAAGUGCCAGUGAAGAGGGAAAGGUGUACAAAACAAUCUGUGGCACUGAGGAGAAUAACUUCGAUUGCUUUUCAUAUGGGGUGAAGGAGAAGUUUUGGAAGAAAAACAAUAGAAAAGAUUUAGAACUGGAGGAAUCAGUACGAAACAGCAGGAUGCAUAUCUUUCUUCCAGAUGACAUCUUAGAGAUGUGCUUGGUGAGACUACCAUUGACCAGUCUUAUGAAUGCCCGCCUUGUGUGCAAGAAAUGGAGAUACUUGACUACAACUCCUAGGUUUUUGCAGAUGAGACGAGAAGGUUCAUAUCAGAAUCCAUGGUUGUUUCUCUUUGGUGCUGUGAAAGAUGGCUAUUGCUCUGGGGAGAUACAUGCACUGGAUGUGUCUCAAGAUCAAUGGCAUAAGAUUGGUGCUGAUAUCCUCAAAGGAAGGUUCAUGUUCUCUGUUGCCAGUAUCGAGGAUGAUGUUUAUAUUGUUGGAGGUUGUUCAAGCCUAACCAACUUUGGGAGGGUGGAUAGGAGCUCAUUCAAGACACACAAAGGUGUGUUGGUCUUUAGCCCACUCACCAAAUCUUGGCGUAAAGCUCCAUCUAUGAGGUAUGCUAGAUCAAUGCCUAUUUUAGGAAUAUCUGAGGUCAGUUCAGAAUUCUUGGUCAUUCAAAGCCAUCAGAAUCGACAUGAUAGGCGGUUUCCCAGAUCACGGGUUGGUGGGGUGUCAGAUGUUUACGAGGAUCCUCACAGGCUUUCACUCAGACGUCAAUACAGAAAUGCUUUUGAUGAAAAUGAGCAUUCAUUGUUUCCUAAUAGAAAAUCAUACAAGUUUAUUAGACAAAGAAGUGAACAAUCAAAUACGAAGGGUUGUAAAAGAUUUGUGUUGAUUGCUGUUGGAGGUCUUGGGUCUUGGGAUGAGCCACUAGAUUCUGGAGAAAUCUAUGAUUCUGUAUCAAAUAAAUGGACUGAAAUCCAGAAACUGCCUAUAGAUUUUGGGGUUGUUUGUGCUGGAGUUGUUUGCAAUGGGAUGUUUUAUGUUUGUUCAGAGAAUGACAAGUUAGCAGGUUAUGACAUAGACAGAGGCUUCUGGAUUGGAAUCCAAACCUCCACAUUUCCUCCCCGUGUUCAUGAGUACUACCCGAAACUUGUAUCUUGUAAUGGUCGCUUGCUAAUGCUUUCUGUCUCUUGGUGUGAGGGAGAUGGGCAAAUUGGUCGCAGAAACAAGGCCGUGAGAAAAUUGUGGGAGCUAGAUCAGAUGUAUCUUACAUGGACAGAGGUCUCCGUACAUCCUGAUGCUCCAAUGGACUGGAACCCUGCUUUUGUUGCUGACAGGAACUUAGUAUUUGGGGUUGAAAUGUUCAAAAUAUUUGGUCAGGUAUUGGAUUUCUUCACUGUGUGUGAUGUGUCUGAUAUGGGGAUGAAAUGGAACCAUAUUUCUAGAAAUCACAUGGCUCAUGAUUUAGAUGCUUCUUCUUGCAUGACUAAGACAAUGGCCGUGCUACAUCUAUAAUGUCUUUGCAAUACACCAUAAUUCAUGCAGAAAAUUUUAGAACAUUAUUGCUCAUUGGGGUAUUUUGAGCACACAUUUCAACCUGCGAAUUUCAUAUUUAUUUCUUUGAAUUUCCACAAUUUGUAGAAUGGCGACAACCUUUGGUUUCUAGUUCUUAUUCAGUCGUAGCCAGAGGUAUUGUCACUUGUAGUCUUGUAAUUUGUUCUCCACUGUUCAUAAAUUGAUCAUGUAUUUUUCCAUCUUGUUUCUGUUGCAUCUAUGAUAAAUGCCUGCCUCGUUCAUUAA